CCCCCUACUCUAUUGCCACCUUCUAGCUGCUUCCGAGCGUCCGCCAUUGGCUCAGGCGCCUCCUGAGGUUUGGGAGGUGUGGUGGGCCUUUGAGCCCGGGGCGAAUUUCGGUGCCGUCUGGGGUAGAGGGGUACGUGAGGAGCGGCCUUAAGCCUCACGCGAAGAAAAUAGUGUCCGCAUCCCAAAGGUCGGAGAAGGGCCUUCCGGGGGCGAGGGCACCGCACGGACCCUCCCGGGCUGCCAGCACCUGAGCUCGGCGGCCUUCAGCACGCCUGCGCGGCCAGGGUUUUCCUGCACCUGAUCGCGAGACCCCAGCGGUUGGCGGCUCCCGGCUUCCUAGCCGGGGCGUCCUGGUGGGGGCAGUCAUGGCGCAGCUGUGUGGACCGUGGCGCGGCCGGGCGCUCCUCGCUCUGCUGGCGUCGUUGCUGUUCUCCGGAGCUGAGGCCACCGACGGAGAUGGACGCAUCCACGACUUCUGUGGAGCUUCGCAGGUAGUGGGGAGGUGCCGGGCCUCUAUGCCCAGAUGGUGGUACAAUAUCACUGAUGGCUCCUGCCAGAUGUUUGUUUACGGAGGCUGUGAUGGAAAUUACAAUAAUUACCAGAGUAAGGAGGAGUGUCUUGGGAAAUGUGCUGGUGUCACAGAGAAUACUAUUGAUCGUCUGGGCACCAGAAGGAGUGGAGCAGAGUCCUCUAUCCCAAGUGGUUCCAGAAGGCAGAAUUCGGAUGACCUCUCUAGUGAUAUCUUCAGCUAUGAAGAAUACUGCGCUGCCAAGGCUGUCACUGGGCCUUGCCGAGCGGCCUUUACACGCUGGUACUUUGAUGCCGAGAAGAACACCUGUGAUGUCUUCACCUAUGGGGGCUGCCGUGGUAAUAAAAACAGCUAUCGCUCAGAAGAGGCGUGCAUGCAGCGCUGCCUUGUCCAGCAGCUGUAUCCUGCCCUGUCCCUUGGUCCUAAAGUGGUGGUGGUGGUGGGACUGUCCCUGAUGGCCCUGAUUGUCCUCCUGGCUGCCUCUGUGGUCUGCCUGAUCCGAGUGAUAAGGAAGAGGCAGGAGCAAGCCCUCCGCACUGUCUGGACCACCGGGGACGACAAGGAACAGCUGGUGAAGAACACAUACGUCCUCUGAAGGCCUUGCCAUCAGGAGAACUGGGUGGGGGGGUGGGGGGGAAGGAUGUGUGUGCUUUUUUAAAAUAGAGUGCUUGGUGGUACCUGUGAGAUCAUUAGGGCUGCAGCUGUCUGUCCUUGUACUUGGGUGUGAGGAGCUGCUUUUAUCCUGGCCCGUGGGCGCCCUCCCAGGAAGGCACUGCCGACUGCCCGCGUCUCUGCCUCUGUCCUCUAGUGAUGGUGUUCCCUGCUUAUGUCCACCCCGCUACCUGCUUUCUUACCCAUCACAAAGUAAUGCUGUAAUAGGAUCUUGUUUGAUUGUUGUUGUUAUUGUUUUAAGUAGAAACACGAGGGUUUUUUUGUUUUUGUUUUUUAAAUUAGGAGUCUAAAAAGAAGAAAAUAAAGCAUGCAAGUUUAGUAAAAGGCAUUUCACUUUCAGAGCCAGGGAUGUAGCUCAGCACCAUAAGAUCCUCAGCUCAAAUUCCCGGUACCAAAAAAUUAAAAAUAAA